UCCUCACGCAACACCCUCUCCGACAAAGUGGGUGCGCUUGGGGCGGUCCCUGCCUGCUCGCUGGCCAGCAGCGGCGGCCGCUGCUGACUGUGUGUGUGUUUCUCCUUGGCUUGUGGUGGGUGGUUAUCGCGACCAGCGCGGGACUAUGUGAAGAAUCACCGGAUAACCAAUUUCCUGCUGCGCGCGGCUUCUCUGCGUGUUCCCUUUCGUGGUGCGCGCCGUGGCCGCCCUUUUUCGACGAGACCAACCAACGCUCCCGGGGGCGCCCAGGGAGAAGAAACUCCGCGGCUAUGAUGCGCGACGGCUAGCUACCGUUGUCGCGGUGAUAUAAAAAAAAGAGAAACUAGCGCUCACACACUCCGCCUCGCGUCACAGCCAUCGAUUCUCCGAGCGACGGUGACGCCUUGUCCCCACAAUGGCAUUGCACGAGGGCUACCAGGUGUCGAUGGUGGCCGACUGCUUCCAUGUUGUGCCGCACGUCGAUAUAGGUUUUUCCCCCGUCAAUUCCACUUUCGACCCAACCAGCAACGUCUACCUUGAGAGCCUGGGCAUCCUGAUUGCGGUGCCAGGCUUCUGGUUGAUCCUCACCCUUCUGGCAUUCCUCAUCUUCUUCCUCUGCCGAUGCUGCGACUCGGGUCUCAAGAAAAAACGACGCCUCACACCGCUCAAGUGGAUCUUGGCAUUUUUUGCACUCCUCUGCUGCGGUUCAUUGGCGUUGGGACUGUUUGGAAACGACCAGGCUCACAGUGGUGUAGUGGCCGUGCAGAAAUCAACCCAGUACAUUGAAGACAACCUCAGCAAUUUCGGCAACCAGACGCAAUACCUGGAGCGAUCCCUUGGCCAGAACGCCAAGGACCAGCUGCAGGGGCUUACUGAGGCACUGGCUGGUCCCAUGCCUGACCCUGUUGCCCGAAACUUGAUUGAUCGCGGGCUGGAGCUCAUCAAAGGAAACCUGAGCGUUGGCGCUGGGCGCGCCCAGGAGCUCCACUCUCGCAUUGGCCAUCUGACUCUCAGCCCGCUGCCUAGAGCCCUACAGUUGAUGGAGCUCUUCCGGUGGCCUGCGACAAUUGGCCUGCUGUGCGUGCUCAUUCUGGUCUGCCUGCUGCUGCUCUGGGGUGUCAUCCGGCACUCGCGAUGCCUGCUCAUUCUGUUUUCGGUCCUGGGUCUGCUUUCCGUGGUGCUGUGCUGGGUGCUGGUCUCCCUCUAUCUUGGCAUCUGUGUGGCUGGCUCAGACUUUUGCCUGGACCCUGAACCAUUCCUUCAGAAGCAGUCCAGUGGAAUGGUGGACAAUGCUGUGCUCAACUACUACCUUCACUGCAGGGAUGACUCCUCCAGUCCAUUUGUAGAGCCACUCAGAGAGGCGCGGGCAGCUGUCGAUGGCGUGCAGACUCUCAUGGCACCAAUGACACAAGUGGCAGACCGCUACUUUCCCCGCAAGGAGGUGCACUCACUGCUGGGUCAGCUGGGCCAGGAACUCAACGGCAGCCAGAACGCGCUUGGGAUGCUCGGCCUUCUGCUUGACUGCCGCCCGCUCAACCGCAAAUACCGGCGCGCCAUGGACGCCACCUGCACCGGCCUUCUGGAGGGGACAGCCUUCAUGCUGGCUUCUGCCUUCGGGGGCGGACUGCUGUUUACAGUGCUUAUCUGGGUGGCCUCUCACACCUGGAUUCACAUUCGACAGAGGCGGCCGCGAGAUACCGUGGACGAGGAGGACCCUUUCCUGCCCCCCUCCGCGGUGGGUGCGCCUCGACGCAGCCGCGACACGAAUGGACGUACCGCAAGCCGUGAAGAGCAAGCAUUUCUGCAAGCCAGGUACACACCGCCCCCAACGGCCAGCAUGCGGCCCGUGGCCUCGGACUCGGGGGAACCGUUGUUGGCGUCCAGGGGUGGCAACACACGCCGGGGCGUCACGCCGGAGCGAGCCCUGUCGUUCUCUUUUGUUUCCUUUGCCACCACGACGGCGACCUGACGUGCGCCACAAAGUUCUGAGAGGGGGAGAAACAGAGACUUGUGACUCCGGCAAUGAGAAGACGUUGAAAACCCACCUUCUUUCCCUCAUUCUUGUACCUUCUCCAUCAUUUGACUGCACAUCCGCACAAGUGUGUUGACCUCACCCGACCAGAGAUUCCCUUUUUUUUUUCAUCAUCCAACAUGCUACAGAGAACCUUAGUAGAGCUCCUCCAUCUUCCUGCUUUUUUUUGUGUCCCCUGUACCCGUCUGAUCAUGUGCCGGUUGCUUUCUCAUCUGCUUUCCCACGCUGGAACACGAGUGCAUCUGCUGGGGAUUCGGUGACAAGAGCAGCUUGGUGUCGUUCAGAAGUUACUGCGAAAUGCUUUUGUUGAAGAAUAUGUUUGAAGAUGCGUUGCAGCGAGCCCUGAACUGCUGCUUCACUAAGAAGUGCUGCUUUCAGCCUGUCUGCAGUGUUUUUGAAUACACGGCAAGGUGUAUUGAGUUUAGAAGGCAUCUGGAUGUAGUGCACCAUCCCAAGCAGUGAUCUUUCUUUAAAUGAACCAAUUGACAGGGCUUGAGGAAGUUUCAUCUUCAAAUAUUUGAUGGUGACUGCUGGUUCUCAUUACAGAAUGUUUGCAUGGUCAGAUUCAAGGUGCCACGUAUCUGCCAAAGUUCUUUGUAAGUUAGCAAGUCGUGGGUGUGACUUGAGACGCAAGAUGAAAGGACAGAUCAAAGGUAGCAUGAGUAGACAAAGACAGUGGGGCAACGCCGUGACCCCCUCCCUUGCAAACAUUCUUGCAAAGAUGCCAAAUGAAUUUCAGACUUGACUCAAGAGACAGUCAGUACAAAGUCCUCUGCCGAUGUUUAAUUGACUUCACUGAGCCUGUUGAAUUCGCCAAAGCUCGACACAAGCAGUGACGCCGCAACAAAGGAAGUUUGUACUCAAGUAUGUAGUUUGCUUACGUGCGGUGCACGUCUUUGUAUCGAGUUACACGACCCACCAUGGCCGAUUCCUGCCAGAAUGGCUUGCACAAGGGGCAAGUGUUUUUGCUGGCAGUCUGCGUGGAAUCAACAGAAGAGUUGGGGACGACUGUUCAAGCCACUCAACAUGGGCGAGACGAUGUGAGCAAGCUGCGGAGUGAUGUUGCAACCAGCAUAGUGCAAUCCCGAGUUAUCUUUGCUGCUUCUGCAAUGCAAGCCAGCGGCGCCAUGUCGCACCGCCAGACUGCUUCAGAACACCAUCACCUGCUUCACCGAAAGCUGCGCACAAGUGUUUCCACGGAUUGUCAGACAGCUUGGAGUAAGAAGGAAAACACAAUUUCUGCAUGGAGUUGUGUGUAAGGCGUGCCCUAGCAUGUCCGUCACUGUCUUUACGAAAAGCUGCACAGAAAAGGCUUCGGAGAGUUGGUCAGGUGGGGUAGGGGUGCUGCAAGGGGGGUCAUGACAAUGGCUCGACCCUGGCACCGUAGUCAGUUGCAGAUUCUCUCAUGCUGGAUUCGUGGGGAAGUUUCACGGCGCCCUAGAUCACCUCGUGGAAUUACGAUGGUCACUUGCACGGAGAAAUUGCUGCAAAGGGUUGGUCAUGCCACUUGAUGUUGUGCAACUUGUGAUGCAACCUGAUGCGGUUGUGCAACUUGAUGCGGUGGUCAUCUCCCUUGGUGCCCCUCUUUGCCUGCAGCCACAAACAUUCCUCGACCCAUAGCAGGCCGGUGGUGUUCCUCAUUUCUCUUUUUCCCCUCAAGGAGCCCAGCUAGUCAGCAGAAACCCUGGGGUCGUAAACGACUCUUUUCGGGCACCCAUCGUCCUUCACCCGAAAAGUGCCAGUCGGCGUCGUAUGCCGGUUGUGACUGCCACCGUGAUGUCACCGCACGCAUUUGUUUGUUUGUACGCAUUGCUUUUGCCUUUUUUUUUUCUCUCGCUGCCGAGAAUCUCGCGCUCCGACUUGCGGGCGCGUGCAUCCACCAAUGCUCAACUUGUGUACAGCUCUGCCACCUAGGCGCGGAUCUCUUUGUGGGAGGCUUUCUUUUUAUUGUGCAUAUGGAUAGCCUAGAUAGACAUGCUUAAGCUUUCACAGUCGCAAAGUUUGUUUUGUGUUCACUUGCUCAGGUCAGAAAUCACUGAAUGGAUCAACAUGAAAAAAUAGAUUACGGAUGUGUGCAAGGCUUGUUGUGAAAUGUUAGUUUCCACGGUACUGUCUUGUGCUCCUUAGUAAUGCUUUGCAACGUGCAUUGCUUUGGCAGAAAACAAUGCUAGCGCAAGUGUAGCACACACGUUACCAUACGUUUGGCUCCUUGAACGUUGGACCGAAAGCGAAUGAUUUGGUCAUCUGUGCUGGAAAUGUCUUAUCAAAAGAAUGCUUUAAAAGAGAAGGGAAGGUCUGGCUCUCCAGUUCAGAAUUAUUGAAAUUCUCAGCUAUCUCGUUUUGUUGCGUAUUAUCCCUGCUAUUAUUCAAGCUUGUGAAUUGUAUUUGUGGAGUGAAUGACUGUAUUGUCGGUGUAGCUGUGCAUUCGCAAUACGCAAGCAUUUUAACUUGAUUAGGUUUGAAGCCGGGCAUCGCCUGCUUUACUCGUUAAAGGGUGAUGCCCAUCUUUUGCACACUAAGAGUGCAAACACAGAUGCGUCCUAGUAUGAAACAACCAAGAUAUUAAAAAAAUUUGUCGUCUUGACAAUCGAUUCUCACAUUGAGCAACAUCCCGAUUGCUGUGGACCAAAUCAUCAUAUACACGCACAUACACCCCAGCACAACUUCUUUCACAUUCCUGCGAUUGGUGCAUGAAUGCCUGCCACUUUUUAUCAGCGUAAGGCGCUGUCUUAAAGAAUAUUUUUAGAAUGUGAUUUCGUGACGUAACGCGUCGGCAAGAAACCAUCUGGACCAACUGCUUUAGUCAUUCCAGGUGUUUUGUUUUCUCGUGUGCAGGGAAUCGUUGCAUUCCAGUAUUUUAUAUUGAAUGGUCACACUGCAUUUAUGAAGCACGCAUCUGAAAUGUGUGUAAAUAGGUUGCGUUUCUUUCAUUUCAAGCCUCCCUAGAGAGAUCCGUGAGCUGCUGUGCCCACAUUUCACAUUCUCGGGCGUGUCCCGGGUUUGUCGUCAUUGCUGUACGUAGUAUGUGUCGUUAAGUGUGCGCUGCGCUGUUUUUGGCGAAGUGCAACUGACACAUCUCUUUUUGUUGUCUGUGUGUGCAAUGUGUGUACAUCACAAA